GAGACAGGAGAUGGGACAUGGGAGAUGGGACACAGGAGAUGGGACAUGGGAAACAGGACACAGGAGAGGGGAUAUGGGGGAUGGGAGAUGGGACACAGGACAUGGGACACAGGACACAGAACAUGGGACACAGGAGAUGAGAGAUGGGAUGUGGGAGAGAGGAGACAUGGAAAAAUUUCCUUGCACUGA